AUGAUCAAAAACGAAACAACACAAGAUAAUUUUUCACAUUUUUCAACACAUUCAACAUCAACAACUGUGAUGAUCGAAUCUCAUUCACCAUUGUUGACUAGCGACAAUAUGAAACCAACAAUAAAACAAAUCGAUGGAUCAAGUAAACAAUUAUCUAAACAUCCUAUUCAAUUUACACCUGAAACUUUACGUACACAUCUGGAACCAAUUAUUUACAAAAUGGUCGCUUGGAAAGACUCAUAUCCAUUUCGUCAACCAGUCGAUCCUGUUGCACUUAAUAUACUUGAUUAUCCAACAAUAGUAAAACAUCCAAUAGAUAUAUCAACCAUGCAUACUAAAUUAUUACGUGGAGAAUAUAAAAAUCCAUUAGAAUUCUGUGAUGAUGCAUGA